AGAGAUGGUUCUCAAAUUCUAAAAAAGAUUGCCUAAUUCGUUCUCUGGUGGAAUCAAAAGGUGCAACUUUGUAAUCGUUUUUGUAGUGCCUUCUAUUCCAUUUUGAAAAAUGCCAUCCCAAAUGGUGGAUCCCCAUAGUUUGUCUCCAAGGUCCUUCUUCUCUGAGGAGUUAUGCUUUCAUAAUGAGAUGCCGGUUUCAUAUUGGAAGUCAGAUGGCCUGCCCAAUUAUCAUGGUCUGAAAAUGGAUGAAACAGUCAGAGGAGGUGGACCUUCUUCACCCUACAUGAACCAGUUCUCCAUCAGUUCUCAGAUGGCUAAGGGAUUUGGUGCUCAUGAUCCUGAAAUAAGCCCGGAGCAGAAAGUAAACCCAAUUAUGCAAAAGCAUGCAAUUGGGCAUCAAAAAGUUGUCAGCUACUCUUUGCCAAGAACUCUUCAUAGUGAUCUAGGCACAAGAUCUAUUUUAAAUACGGAAUCUGCAUUUUAUUCAGUGGAAGGUGACAAAUUGACCUCAAUGGGGAUUCAACAUGAAAAUGGUCUUUUCUCUAGCUCAUUAUCGGAGUUGUUUAGUAAAAACAUGCGACUUUCAAUGAGCAAUUUUUCCAAUGGAAACUCUAUUGGUCCAACAGAAGAAUCACACUGUGAGGGAAAAGAGGAACCUUUGGAAUCCCUUAAAGAACUUGAGGCUCACACUAUUGGCAAUCUUCUCCCUGAUGAUGAUGAUUUGCUUUCUGGAGUUACAGAUGGGAUGGACUGUUUUCACCAAGCCGCGGAUGAUAUGGAGGAUUUAGACCUAUUUAGCAGUGUUGGUGGGAUGGAGCUAGGUGAAGAUGGUUCUCAUCGAAUUGGUGGCAUCAAAUCUAGCACGGGGGUUAUUGGGACAAAUACAGCUAAGAAGUUGCCAGUUGGAUCAUCUUGCACAACAUAUAUGGACAAAGCUUUCAGCCGUGGGAUAUCAUCAAUGGGUGGACUGGGUCAAAUGAACAAUGAGUUUAGGGGAUCGCCGAAUCGCUACCCUCAUUCUAUUCCGAAAUAUCAUGAUGGCGGUUUGACCAAUUUAAUUCCUUCCAAUUCUCCAGGAGGCAUUGCCACUACAAAUAUGAAAGCUAGGUCAUCCGAGUUGAUUAAUAGCCAUCAAUAUUGUAGACUUGGCUCAAAUGGGCACUCAGUUGAAUUGAAUGAAAAUGGUUUUUGUCCCUCUGGUAAUGGUCUUUGUCCAACCCCCGGGAAUCCAUAUGCAUGGAGCAGCUCACCCCAGCGACAAGCCCAAAGAGUGAUGUGGCCAAACUCGCCGUCAUAUGUCACUGGAUUUAGUCCUGCUACUGCACAUCUCCACCCACAGCUACAUGGAGCACCACCAUCUCAUUUGCUGAGUGGACGACUUGUACCUGCAGUAAACAACCACCACCAUCACGUAGGGUCAGCACCAUCACUCAAUCCUUCCCUCUGGGAUAGAAGGAAUGCUUAUUCAGGAGAAUCCCCCGAUGCAUCCGCUUUCCACCCAGUUGGUUCUCUUGGCAGUUUGCGGAUAUCUGGUAACUCACCCCAGCAGUCUUUAGAGUUUGUUCCUCAUCAAAGUAUCUUCUCUGCCGGAGGAGGCGGAAUGCCUUCCAAAAAUGUUGUUGGGUUACACUCGCCUCAUCAGAGAUGCAUGAUGUUUCCAUCAAGAGGCCAAAUGAUUCCUAUGAUGAAUACGCCAUUUGAUUCUCCCAAUGGAAGGGCGAGAAGUAGGAGAAGCGAAGGCACUUUGAGUCAAACGGAAAACAAGAAACAGUUUGAGCUUGACAUUGAUCGAAUUUUGCGUGGGGAGGAUAAGAGGACAACAUUGAUGAUAAAGAACAUUCCUAACAAAUACACCUCAAAGAUGCUUCUGGCUGCAAUUGAUGAACGCCACAGAGGAAGUUAUGAUUUCAUCUAUUUACCUAUUGAUUUUAAGAACAAAUGCAAUGUCGGUUAUGCCUUCAUCAAUAUGACUGAUCCUUCCCUGAUAAUUCCAUUUCAUCAUUCAUUUAAUGGAAAGAAGUGGGAGAAAUUCAACAGUGAAAAGGUGGCAACACUUGCAUAUGCACGCAUUCAGGGAAAAGCUGCCCUAAUCGCCCACUUCCAGAAUUCUAGCUUGAUGAAUGAAGACAAGCGAUGUAGGCCCAUACUUUUCCAUACUGAUGGCCCCAAUGCUGGUGAUCAGGUGCCCUUCCCCAUGGGUGUUAAUGGAAGGUCAAGACCGGGGAAAGGCAGAAUCGGCACAGUCGAAGACAGCCAAGAGAGUAGUAAUGCGGAGUUGGGCAGAGAUCCAUCGUCCAUUUCCUUGGAAGAAUCGAUCUAAAACACACCACUUUCAUUUUUGUUGGCAACUAACCCUUUAGGAAUGAGGAGGUAUGAAGGUACGUGGGCUACAAAUAUUAUCUAUCCAUCCACCCAAUUUUCUUUCAUGUAUUCUAUCCGAUCACGACUGGUCGAGGAAAAGCGGGAAAGGAAGAGGAUAAAUAGUACCCACUUCAUAUUCUCUGUUUCUUUGCCGACGAUGUGAAAUCUAUGUGACCAAUGGUGACCCUUAUGUUUCUACUGAUGAGAUCCCUACCUAGGAGCUGAGCUUCAAAAGUUUUGGAGAUUUUAGAAGUACUAAUUGCUUAUAUGUGUCUGUAUGUGUACAGUGGGGUGGUGAUGGGGGGGGGGGGUUGUACAAGUUAUGGUGAGUGAGAAUUGCUGUGUAAGGUUGGUUUUGACUUUAUUGUGCUACCUAACCUUUGGCAUUUUCGCUUUUUUCUCGCGGACCUCGCGGUUCAUACUGCACGUCUGCACUGCAGUCUACCAAGAGAAGCCGCCAGAGAACAUUGUUUCUUUUGUUCUGUUAUUCGCAAUCUGAAGAGAAUACAUUUUUCUUUUCUGUUCUUAGUUUUGCUCCCUUUUGUUUUGAAUGAAUUCAUACUACCAGUUUUUAGAAGUGUAAUUUUCAUCAUUCUGUAA